AUGUCCAACGAAAUCAUCCUCUAUGACUUGCCCAGCAAAGGCAGGAGCGCCUGCUGGAGCUUGAAUCCCUGGAAAGGUGUCUUGCUCUUCUUGCGGCUACCACUACCGCCUUGAACAUCGGGUCAAGAAUACUACUGACAUUGUGAUCCGAUGCAUCACAGCUCGCCUGGCUCUCAAUUACAAAGGCGUCCCGUACAAGACGGAAUGGGUCGAAUAUCCCGAUCUCGCCCCGAAAUUCAAAGCCUUGGGCAUUCCACCGAGUAAACUUUCACCCAUACAUCUCCAAAUUUAUCAUCAGCACUAACGAUCCACUCUCUCUCUCUCUCUCUUUCAUAGACUCGCCAGAAACCAACCCCAACGCAGAAUACUCCAGCCCAGCCAUCAAACUCCCCGAUGGUCGCUACAUCAUGGACUCCCUCGCAGCAGCGCGCGAAUUGGAACAGCUCCAACCCUCGCCAUCCCUCCACAUCCACGGCAACGACUACGCCAACCGCACCCAGGAAGCCGUCGGGCAGAUCAUGAAGGGCCUCGCGCCCAUCGCCAUGCCGCGCAUCCCGGAGAGACUACUCAACCCUUCCAGCGCGGAAUACUUCCACACCACGCGGGAGAAACGCUUCGGCAUGCCGCUUUCCGAACUCGCCCAGAGCGAUAAGGCGGGUGAAAGGGCUUGGUCCACCGCGGAGCCGGGUUUCGGAGCUGUGAAGGCAUUGCUCGUGGAGAAUGGGAAUGGACCGUAUAUCCAGGGCGGAGAGCCGAGUUUCGCGGAUUUCGUUCUGGCGGGUUUCUGGAGAUUCAUGGAGAGAUUGGAUACGGGAGGAGAUUUAUAUGGGCGAAUUAUGGAGAUCGAUCCGGUUUUUGCGAGGCAUAGGGAGGCUUGUCAGCCGUGGUUGGAUAGAGACGAUUGA